GCCAGACCCCUGCAAAACCACUUAAAAUCAGUUGAACGCGACGCGUCGCGCCGCUGACCUUUCCCUCCAGGCAGCUCAGGAAAAUCGCAAACCAACAAACAACACCAUUGAGGGUCGCAAAACAUAAAAUUUGGAGACUUGAAACAGGCCAUUCGAACAGGAAAACAAUUGGUCUACAUCCACCCAAAAUGCCACCAGCCAAAGCAGAAGAGAGGGGCGAGUCCUCAACAUCCAUCUCCAAGGCAGCAACCUCGGUUUCCACAAGCUCUUCCCCCACCUACGAGCUACCAUGGGUAGAAAAGUACAGACCAGUCUUCCUCGACGAUGUGGUCGGCAACACAGAAACGAUCGAGCGACUCAAGAUCAUCGCAAAGGAGGGCAACAUGCCCCACGUCAUCAUAUCCGGCAUGCCUGGUAUCGGAAAGACCACGAGUGUCUUGUGUCUAGCGAGACAAUUACUAGGCGAUGCGUACAAGGAGGCGGUCUUGGAGUUGAAUGCCAGUGACGAGCGAGGCAUCGAAGUAGUCCGCCAACGAAUCAAAGGCUUCGCCCAAAAGAAAGUCACCCUCCCGCCCGGGCGACACAAAAUCGUAAUCCUCGACGAAGCCGACAGCAUGACCUCGGGCGCGCAACAAGCGCUUCGCCGCACAAUGGAGAUCUACUCUAACACCACGCGCUUCGCCUUCGCCUGCAACCAAUCCAACAAGAUCAUCGAGCCGCUCCAGUCCCGCUGCGCAAUUCUGCGCUACGCCAAGCUCACCGACGCGCAAGUCGUCAAGCGGCUGCUGCAAAUCAUCGAAGCCGAAAAAGUCGAGUACAGCGACGACGGCCUUGCGGCUUUGGUCUUCAGCGCCGAAGGUGACAUGCGGCAGGCGAUCAAUAACCUGCAAUCGACGCACGCGGGCUUCGGGUUCGUGAGCGGAGAUAAUGUAUUCAAGGUGGUGGAUAGCCCGCACCCGAUCAAGGUGCAGGCGAUGCUCAAGGCGUGCUACGAGGGUAAUGUUGAUGCGGCGCUGGACGGCUUGCGGGAGCUGUGGGAUCUUGGGUAUUCCAGUCAUGAUAUCAUUUCUACCAUGUUCAAGGUCACCAAGACGAUCCCGACGCUGAGCGAGCAUGCUAAGCUCGAGUUUAUCAAGGAGAUUGGGUUUACGCAUAUGAAGAUCUUGGAGGGCGUGCAGACGCUGUUGCAGCUGAGCGGGUGCGUGGCGAGGUUGUGUAGGUUGAAUAUGGAUCCGAAGAAGUUUGUGGUUGCGAAGAAGUGAAUAGGGUUUUCGAGCAAGGAAAAAGAACAAGGGAUUGUGGAAGGGAUCUUGAGGUGGCAUGAAGAGGUUCUGAACAGAUAAUACCCGAGGGGCGCUAUGUGUUGAAUUUUUUGUUCGGCGUUGGUUUUGAUGUUUGGUAAACUGGCAUAGCAUACUACACUACAGAGAAAAAGGCAUUGGUGGUUGGCAUGUAGCAUUUGCGAUAUGGCUGGCAGCGAAGCAUGAAACGUAGAGGAAGUCCUGAUCA